CACACACUAACACACACAGAGAGAAGGUGAAUCCUUUCCUUGUGGAGGGAUCCAGCUCUAUUGCCAUGGCUGGUGGGAAGCAGGAGCUCAAGAGAAGCAUCUCCAUCAUUCCCUGCUUUGUGUUUGUGGAGCUGGUGAUCAUGGCAGGGACUGUGGUGCUCGCCUACCACUUUGAAUACACAGACACUUUCCCGGUGCAUCUCCAAGGCUUCUUCUGCUAUGACAGUGCCUACGCCAAGCCCUACCCGGGUCCGGAAGACAGCAGCCGAGCUCCUCCGGUCUUGGUCUACUCUCUUGUCACUGCGGUGCCCACUGUGACGAUUCUUGUUGGGGAACUGGCUGCCUUCUUCCUCCAACCCGAACGACGUGAGGAGAAAACGAUAGUCUCUGGAGAGUGUUGCUAUUUCAACCCCCUUCUGCGUCGUAUCAUCCGCUUUUUGGGCAUAUAUUCCUUUGGCCUCUUCACAACCACCAUCUUUGCCAAUGCGGGCCAAGUGGUGACUGGCAACCAGACUCCACACUUCCUCUCUGUGUGUCGUCCCAACUACACAGCCCUGGGAUGCCAGCCGCCUCCGGGAAGCAUCUACGUGACUGACAAAGCAGCCUGCACUGGGAAUCCUGUCUUGGUUGCAGCUGCCCGCAAGGCCUUCCCUUCCAAGGAUGCUGCCCUCAGUGCCUACGCUGUGGCCUACAGUGUGAUGUAUGUCACUCUGGUUUUCCGGCUGAAGGGCUCACGCCUGGCCAAGCCCUCCUUGUGCUUGGCACUUCUGUGCCCAGCCUUCCUGGUGGGUGUUGUCCGCGUCGCUGAGUACCGCAACCACUGGGGUGAUGUGCUCGCAGGUUUCCUCACUGGUGGAGCCAUCGCAGCUUUCCUGGUGACUUGUGUGGUCAACAAUUUCCAGAGUACUCCAUCUGCAACCAAGAAAGCACCCCCUCCUGAAAGUCUGCCCAGCGGUCCAGUGAUGGGCUUGCCCUGCGUUGACAGUUCCAUUGAAAAGUUAAGCGUGGCCCAGCAAAAAAGGACCCCCCCAGAAGAACAAGAGUUCUCUGCACUACUAUCGAGAGGCCUGGAAAGGCAGCUAGCCCGAUCUCUUCGCUUGGCAGCUCCCGGCAGUGCGAUGGUGGCUCGCCCAUACGAAAUCACAGAGCUGUGUCCGCAGAGGUCACCUGAUCCUCAGCUGUGUCUCUUCCCCACCACCCCUGAUGUCCUCAUUCCCUCCCGGUCAGUCACCAGUGAGGUCUGACCCAAAGAGACCUCCUGGCAUUGACCCAAGGAGACACUCCUGGUGUUCUUGCCAUGGGACUGGGGUUUUGUUGGGGGUGGGAGCCUAAUCUUCUUCUUGCACUCCUAAUUUCCCAACCUCUUCCAUGGACUAUCCUGGGAUCAGACAAAAACUAGUGGCCAAGAUGUAAUGAGAAUUUGAGAUGCUAAUUCAGAAUCCAAGGCUAGAAGCAUACAAACCUUUCAGAAUCCCAAUGGUGCUAUUUCAGAAUUGUUUAGGAACUGAUGUAUUAAGCUGCCGAAUGGGUAAAAAAAGUAGCCUUUACAGAGACACUAUUGCUCUCUGCCAAAUCUAUGAAACUGAAUGGAUUGUAGACAACUGUAGAACAUCAGGCAACAAUGGCUUACAGGCCGAGACCAAUAAGUCCAUGAGAAAAGACAUGACUACCAAUGGCAAGAAUCUAAAACUGGUUUCUUGCUUGCAGCUUGUUUACAGUCAAGGACAAGGCACAAAAGGUGUAGGGGUGGGAAAUCCCAAGCUUCUUCAGGCAGAUUCCUUUUACUACAUUUUUGCUGAACUAAAACCUGUGCUCCUUUUAUAUAAAGAUGAGAAAGAAUCCCACCAGCCUUUCUCUGAGGCUGAGAGAAAGAGUGUAAUAUUGCUGUUGGAACAGAAAAUAGUGUGAUCUAGACAAAUUAGUGAUCUUACCCAUAUAUUAACAUGGAUCUUACCCAGCUUCCUACAUUCACUUUAUAUAGUCUCUUUAUCCUUAAUCCCAGGUGGUGUGAUUGUUCAAUAGUGGAGGAAAUACACUCUGAGCCUGCACAUCCUCCAGAGUACGUAUUGUUGCUCCCUUGCAUAUAAAAAGGGGACUGGGAUUCUGGUUUAAACUCUGGGACUCUGUCUAAAACAAGCCAGGAUCAAUGCCCUACCAAGCAGUGCUCCAAGGUUCUGUGUUAAGUGUCUCCAAACCUCCUGAAUUCUUUUAGCCCUCGAUCCUCCCUCCUUCCCAGCAGAUGUACCCCAUUGGCCUAGGUCCAUUUACGUGUGGGUAUCAUAAAGUGGCUUGAGGCAGAACAAGAAGACUCCUUUCUGUCAUCCCUAAGGGAGGUGUGUUUAUGGUAUCAUCGAAUCAUAGAAUCAGAGAGUUGGAAGAGACCGCAAGGGCCAUCUAGUCCAACC